GGGUAAAGCCGGCUGAGAGCCUGCCCAGCCCCGCCGCAGGCCGAGCGGGCUGGGCGCGCACCCUCCGCGGCCGCGCAGUCGGGUCGGGCGGGCUCCGGCAGCAGGGCGGGAUGGACGCGGCUUUUGACUUGUACCUGGCCGUCCCGCUGCUCUUCACCGUCCUGGCCCUCGUCCUCGCCUCCGUCUUCGUCAGGCUGCGGAGAGGCGAGGGCGAGCGGGCGGCGGAGCGGUCCCGGGAACCGGCAGCGGCUGAGCCGGCCCGGGAGGGCGGCCCCGGGGCGGCAGCGGGGCCGGAGGACGAGGGGGGCCGGGUGCCGGUGGAGGAGGUCGGGGCGGGCGAGGAGGGGAAGGAGGCGGCUGCCGAGCAGCGGGAGGAGGCGGCGGAGCCGGGCCCGGCGGCCGAGCCCAACCCCGCGGCGACCGAGAGCAUCCCCCGGCCGCCGCCCGCCCAGCCCCGGGAGGAUGCGGGCAGCACGAUACCACCUUCGGAUGCCUCACCUGAGUCCAGCCUCGGGCACGUGGGACAAGCGGAGGAUGAAUGUGGCCAUGAAGCACUUCCCAACAAGGCAGAGGAGGAAGAUCUGGACUCAGAGAACGAGAAGCUGGUGGUGAGAGAGCCAGAGGAUGAGGAUGCUGCAGAUGAGAGGUUCUCUUUUAAAUACAGUCCUGGAAAGCUGAGGGGAAACCAGUACAAGUCAAUGAUGACCAAAGAAGAACUCGAGGAAGAACAAAGGAUUGAGCUGACCUCUGAUCUCACAUCUCUGUAGCAAGUACCUUAGGUCCUCGGCCACAAACAUUCUUGCAAAUCUUCUUGAACUGAAGACUAUAUGAAGUUGUCCCUAGCCUCCUCCUAAAGGCAUCCCUUGGCAUCUUUAAAGGCUUGAGAAAAAUACCAAAACCAACCAAACACACCCAUAAGAGAAAUCCAUAAACCCUCAAAACUUGGGAUCCCCUCUUGGUCUGAAGUUGAGUUCUUCAAAAACUCCUGUGGUGUCAAGUUUGAGGAGAUCCUGUUGUGUGGCUCCAUGGACUGGGGCUGGGCCCAAGCAGUGACUUGAGUUGUGUUUGGGGGGCUCGGAUGAACAUUCCUCCCUCUCCCCGAAACAGAACCCAAAUUGGACACUGUAUAUGCAGCAAGCCUACUAGUUGUGUUCAUUACCAUGUAUUAGGCCUGCCAUGAAAUCUAUGUUGUUCCUUUAUUGGGGUGGGUGAACCAUAGCUCUUCUCCCAGACCAGCCUGGACCUUAUACCAGACUAUCAAGUUGUUUCUUCCUGGGGCCAAACUCCUCAUUAUUGCUGGGGGGUGGGAACUGCCUGUGAUUCCAGAUGUUGUACAAUGCUGCUUUAUUCGGAGGGGCGGAGGUACAAAGUGGGGUCCAAGUGAGGGAUGGCAGAUGGUAGCUGGACUGACUCAGAUCUUGCUUCUGUAGUUAUUUUAGCAGCGAGCUGAUUCUGUAGGUAGACAGAAGACUUAAGAAGUGACAAAGACUGGUAGUUCAGCUGUUCUGCUUGUGGUGGAGGUUUAGGAGAUCACGCUUUGGCUGCUGAUAAUAUCUGGAUUCUCACUUUCCCCCUAAUCUGGUUCCCAACAGGAGAGACCCAAGGAGGUAGCUACGGCAUCAGAGGUUCCCUCUGGCUCAGGUUGAGACAGUGGGGGUCCUGGAAGAGACACCCUCCCCAUUCCUCUGCCUGCUUGCUGUUCCAGUGUCCUCUUCUCGUGCUAGCCCUGUGGCUUGUCCACUGGAGCCAGAGCUGAGUGCAUAUAUCUGCUUCAGACAUAGCAGGUUUCAAAUCAAACCUGGCUUGUUUGUGAGAGUGAGAAGAGGGUCCGAGUCCUCUAGCGAUGUUGUAGAAACACCAGGCUGGGUAGGGAUGUGUCCUUCAAAGUUUCGCUUUCACUGCCGGACAACUGCCUCUUAGCUAACGCUGCAAACAUAUCAGAAACCCAGCAAGCUGCUUUUCUUUUCCCCCUUUUUAAUUCCUAUGCAGACAAUACUUGAAACCUUGUACACAGUUGUCCUUUCCAGCGCCUGGGGUCAGCAAACUCUUCAUAAAAGGGCUCAUUUAAAGAACAGUAGGAAGCUUCAGCUUUAGGAGAGGCUGGGCUGCCUCUUCCCAGCUGACAACUGCAAGCGUGUUCAGUGGUUUGCAUAUGAAUUUAGGCACAUCUGGACCCUCUGCUUCAACAUCCCGCUGGUACAGCCGCUGUCUCCCCGCAGUGCUGGCUGGCUGACUCUGUGUCCCAAGCACCCAACUAUGCAAAGAAUGCCUUAUAUACAUUGUGUUUAAGUUACAUGGCAAUAUGUACAUUAAGCAAAGUCUAUAGUCGAGUCCAGAUUUUUGCUAGUGGCAGCGAGUCAAACUAUUUCUUCAACUCAAAUGGCUGUCUGGGUAUUUUUUACUUUUGUCUGUUUUGUUUGUUUGUUUUGUAUCUGAUGGUGGCUCUUAUACAAAGGACUGUAAUUCUAGUGGCUUGAAUCUGUAAAAAUUGCCUUUGUUUGGUCCAAUAAACCUUUGAAUAGUUUA